AUGGCCGUGCAGAGGCUCCACUCGCUCUGGGCGACGCUGCUGUGGGGCUGUGCGGUGUCCUUCUCCUUCCUCACCACAGUUGCCCCACCACGAGACCUUCAGAUCACUGACCCUGGGCUCUUAGGUUGCCUUGAUAUUGAAUGGAAACCUCCUGCCAGGCUGCAAAGCCUCAAUGAUUGCACAGUGACCUACAAGCUUGAGCACCACAACGCUGGGGACAGGGACUGGAAGGUUCUUUUUACUAGGAAGCUAAAACUCCGAGUGGGGUUUGACCUGAGCAGGACUGCUGAAGUGAAGGUGCAGACCCUGCUGAGAGGACAGUGUACUGCUGAUGUGGAGGUGCACAGUGACUGGAUUUAUGCCACCUUCCAGCUCCCCUUGCAAGGAAAGCUGGAAUCAGAGGUUCAGAAUUUCCACUGCAUCUAUCAUGACUGGGAAUACCUGAAGUGCACGUGGCAGCCAGGUCUCCUUGCUCCUCAAGGUGUCCAUUAUGGGCUGUACUAUUGGUACGAGGGGCUGGGCCAGGCAGCGCAGUGUGAGGACUACAUCCAGGACCAUGGCAUCAACACAGGCUGCAGGCUGCAGAACCUGAGCCGGGCGGAGUACAAGGACCUGAGCAUCUGCGUCAACGGCUCGGGGGCAGCCGCCCUGCUGCGCCCUCUCUAUGCCACCCUCCGUCUGCAGGACCUGGCAAAGCCCUCUCCCCCCACACGGUUGGUGGUCUCCAUGUCUGCAGCUGAGGAGCUCCACGUGGCCUGGAGCCCCCCGGGGGGUGAAACACCACCCCAGUGCCUGGAGUAUGAAGUGCAGCUGGCAAGAGAUCAGGGGGAGGCCAAGGCUGCCUGGAUGUCUGUGUCAACCCAGAUGGAGACAGCUUUGUCAAUUCCCAGAGCAAACCAGAGCCUCUCUUCGUGUGUUCGUGUCAGGGGGAGGACAAACAUCCUGUGUGCUGACCAGGGCUUCUGGAGUGAAUGGACACAGGAGUGCUUCUCUGAGUCCAGGAAAGGGGACAAGCAGCUACUUAUCCUCAUCCCAGUCAUCCUGAGUCUGUCCAGCAGCCUCAUCAUAUUUAUGUUGCUUGGCCAGUGCAGGAAAAGGUAG